AUGGGCUUGGAUAUCCAAUUUUCAGUUCAUUCCAAUGAAGGCUCCAGAUCAUUGGCAAAACCACACCAACUAUCCAAUGGCUAUCCAAUGGCAUUGGAUCAUGAUGUUCUGGAUAUCCACGAUGAUGAUGAUGCUGAUGAUGCCUUCAUCAUGGAUGCAAAAUAUGAAGCUACUUCAGGUGCUGAAGUUGCUGACAAGCAAAAGCAUCUAACUGAAGAUCAGCGCAAACUUUUGGCUCAAGCGUUGAAGAAUACAGACGAGAUUUUCAAUGGUCAACUUGGCCAUUACAAGCAUGAGAAGGCGUAUUCUGUUCUGAAGCAACAUGAACCUGUAUUCCUCAAAGAGUUGAAGCAUCUACAAGAGAUUGGAGUCCUUGAACGCACAGGACCGUCAGAAUGGGCGUCGCCAACAUUCAGCAUUCCAAAAAAGGACGGUAGGGUGCGAUGGAUCAGCAAUCUCCGACAGCUGAACAAGAAUGUCAAGCGUAAAGUAUACCCCUUGCCUUUGAUUGAUGAUAUUGUUGCGCAUCGUUCUGGCUACAAGUAUUUCACAAAACUUGAUCUCACAAUGAUGUAUUAUUAUUUUGAAUUGAAUGAGCCGAGCAAAAAACUUUGCACGAUCAAUACCCAGUACGGUUUGUACCAAUACAACCGAAUGGCAAUGGGAUUGAAACUGGCUCCUGAUUUUGCCCGAUACUAUAUAGAAAAAACUCUAUGCGACCUAAAGGAAAAAGGUGUUGAAAUCUAUAUUGACAAUGUUGUCCUGUUCUCCAAGUCCUACGAAGAACAUAUGGCCUUGAUCCAAGAAGUGUUGCAGCAACUACAAGCUGCCGGGUUCAAAAUCAAUCCCUUGAAGUGCGAGUGGUGUGUCCAAGAGGCUGACUUCUUGGGCCAUUGGUUGACUCCUGAAGGUGUCAAGCCGUGGAAGACAAAGAUUGAUGCCAUCCUCAAGAUGUCAGCGCCUACAAAUGGAACAGAAUUGCUUGCAUUUCUUGGUGCUGUUACCUUUUACCGCCACAUUUGGCCGUGUUGA